AUGCUAAGGGAGUUAGGUGAAAUGGAUUAUGAACAGGGAAGCAGGAAGUCAGGUUCAUGUUCAUUGCAUGGGAUUGAUGAAGUGGAUUCGAAAGUUACACAGGAACUUACGGAACAUAUUCGAAUUACUUUUUCGGAUUGUUUAGUUGAUUACGCUGCUAAACCUUGGGUACGGGAACGUUCUGCAGACGAAUGGAUUGAGAUAUUUGAAGGUGCAGCCAUUUUUCAGGGUGAAGAUGCGUUGUUGUGGGGUCGGUUCUUGGCUUGCAUAUAUAGGGAACCCAGGACUAAGAAGUUAAGUUGUUUAUUUUUUGACAAAUUAGGGGUUGUGCACUUGAAUUCUCUGGACUUGUCAUCGUCUUCACGGUUUUAUCCUGCAAUUGAGAAUUUAAUACCAGAAUACAGGACGCAGAAUGUGCGAAAAUGCCUUGCUGUAGGGCUUUUAAAGAAGUUUGCUUUGAUUAAUCCUUCGGUGGUGAAAAAGAUUCGUGAGGAACUGCCUUAUGAUUAUGAUCAGACUGCUGCUGGCGAUUUAGCCAAUGCGUGUGAUUUGGUAGGGUAUUGUACUCCUAGUGAUUUAGGUAAGAGUCUUGUUAAUUUAGGGUUUUUACAGGCCAGAUUUAUACAGUCUGUUUUGCUUGAUGUUAUUUAUCACAACAAAGAGGAGCUAGUCAAUGCUAACAAUCAAUUGGUAUAUUACUUGGGGGAACAGCUAGAGCAAUUAUUUGAUCCGCUGACGGAAUACUCUCCUGAACAAACAGAGUCUUGUUAUAAACCGCCAGACUAUGAUCUUAGUCCUCAGGUUAGCGACGGAUCGCUUAUAGUGGCAAUUUGUAAAGAACUGCUUCAAGUACAGACAAACUUUACUAUGUCGUUAGUUGAAUUUCUACAGAAGUUUCUAAUCCCUUUGAGAAUUGCUGUAUUAAACGAUCAAGUCCCAGGACUUUCAACACUCAAGUUGAAUAGACUGUUCCCCCCCACAAUAGAUGAGGUAACAAGAAUUAAUUGUAUCUUCCUUGAUGCCCUGAAAGCGGCUACACCAUAUGGUUCCCUUGAAGUGAUUAAGGCAUGCGGUAUAACCAUUCCUUAUUUCUACAAGGCUUAUACAAGGCAUGAAGCCGCAACAAAAAACUUCAAUAAAGAUAUCAAGCUGUUUAUGAACAAAUUUGGCAAGAUAAUACCAUUUCCUAAUGUUUACACUCAAGUAAAACUUGAUUCUAUAAUAAGAGGUCCUCAAGAGAAGUUAACCAAAUUAAAAUUAAUAAUUGAACGAUUACAUGAGAGCAAGGAGUGGGGUUCUGCAGAGGAAUCCAGUGAAGCCGAAAGAAAUUUCUCUUCAAUAUGUGACGUUAUAGAUUCAUUUGGCAAUAAUGAACCAACCGCAAAUGCAUAUAGCACUCGAGUUUUCACUCCAUCUGGAAAGAUCCUAACAGAAUUGGCCAAAGGUUGGCCUCCUGAAUUGCAAUACAGAUGGUUGAAAAGACGAGUCGUAGGUGUGUUUGAUGUUGUUGCUGUGAAUAAUGAUUCUAGAAGAGAUAUUUUAGUUAUCUUCAGUGAUUACAUUGUAUUUUUGAACAUAAUCAAUGGAGACCUAUACUAUAUGGAUGGCACGAAUAAGCCACUAAUAUCCGAUAUACUCAUGAAUUCACUAAUUAAUGAGGUUCAAUUACCACCACGAAUCCCAACACUGCAAGUUAAUUCUCAUAACUAUAUUGAUGAUGUUGUGGUGUCCACCUUCCAAAAUAGUAUGAUUAGAUUUGAUACCUUGAACAAGGAUAAAGAACCAACAUCAGUAAUCUAUAAACUAGCCUCUUCAUCUAUUAGCCCUGCAUAUGUUGCAGAUUUGUGUACGAAGGCUAAGAUACUAGAAAAGGACACAGCGUUCCAUCUCUUCAAGGCAACUUCGGGUAAAUUUCGUGUUUACUCCACCGCUCAUGAGCUAGAAGCCUACAAAUCUGAAACAAUUAAAUCAAAUCUUACACUUUGUCUAAACAUUGAGCCAUCAGUUGACCUCCUACAGGAAUUUGGUGCUACAGUUGGACUAUUUGCCACUUUAAAAACCAAUGGUAACGUUAAGAUUGAAAGACUUGAUAUCAAAGGCAAGCUCGAAGAAACUACAGUAUCCAUAGAAAACUUUCUCAACCUGAUAAUUGAAGAACUUGUUUUGUUUUACUCCUCUUACUUUUCAAGCUCUGAAUCCCCAUUGUUCCCAAAGUUAUUGAAGUUGAAUGAAAAUUUAGUCAGAUCCAUUGGCCGUAAUUUUAAUGCUAAAAUUCGACCAGGACCUUCAAAAGCUGUUGUUCAAGGGUUGGGUAAAGACCCAAAAAGUUUAUUUAGGGCCGUUCACAAGAAGACUAAGUCUUAUGCUACUAUAUCAACGUUCAAGAGUGAUAACAGUGAUAUGAAAGAUAUUCCAAUGUCAGUAAAAUCAGCUGACAAUGAUACAAGUAGACAUCAAAAAGGUCGGAAAGAUCCACGAAGAAAAAAUAAAAGAGAAAGCUUUUUUGGUAAACUUAGUGGCUUAUUUCAAAAGAAACGCCCUACAGAAAACAAAGAGAAAAGUAAACAACCAGAAGUUAGGAGCAGUAAUAGGAACCCAUAUCUUGCAUCUAACGUAAGCUUAGAUAACAUUAAGAGUUACUUUUCAAGGGAUGAUAAACCAAAAAAAUCCAUGUACGAUGCAAUUGCUAUUGCAAAACAGAACAGGAUUUCUUCAGUAGCACGCAAUUCUAUUGUAGUUCUCCCUAAGGGAAUUUCAACUAAUAUUAUUAUUAGCGAAGCCAAGGAGUCUGAAGAGCAGGACACAGUGAAAAGUCCGUCAGAUAAAUCAAUUAAGGACAGUAUUCUAGGAUCUGAUGUUAUUGGCCAGACAACUAUCACUGAAGAUACCACCCAUAAUACGGAUCUUAGACCCAGGCGGCAAUCACAAUUAUUCAGCGGAGAUUUAUAUGGUGACCUAAUACCUGCUCUUCGAGGCCAAAAUACAGAUAUGGAAGCAACAUCCAGAGAAUCAUUAGUAUUGGUGAAAAGUCAAUCUAAUCUUGCUUCAAAGCUGGAAUCUCCAAUAAAGGCAGAAAUCCAAUCAAUACAUUCGGCUGCUGCACAAUAUGAUAUUCAGAAGAUGCAGAUCGAGAGAUCUCCAUCAUUCACCGAGUUGUUUGGGAGCAUGAGGCUAGUUCUCGAUGACAAUGACGAUAAUGCGAACUGGAGAAGGUUAUCUAGUGAAAAAUCUUUGAAUGGGAAGUACCGAAUAAACCCAACUGAACGUUUAGAACACGAAUUUGAUUUGCUGCCUAAUUCUGUAAAGAACCCCAGUAAUGAUAAAAUGGUAAUCAUUCAAAGCACGUCAGUAGCCAAAAGUGACAGGGUUUCAAAACCACCAUCUAUAAAAUCGGAGUUUCUUGACUCAACAUUGAAUAAAGAAGUUACUGUGGCCAACGUUAAAUCGGCGACUAAUCAUACUCAAACUGGAAAAUCGCAGAGAGAAGAACAGGUAUCAAGUGCUUUAAGAGGAAGAGCAACUCAUUUGCAAAUCCCCGAAUCUACUGCAGUUCAAACAAAAUCUAAUAAAAGAAGUAGAUCACCUGGGUUUGUGGUUACGAAAACUUCACCCACAAAAAUAUGGACCAGUGAGAAAUUAUAUUCCAAGAUUUCUGAUGUUAAGAAUGAAACCACUGAUGCUUCUGUGGUAUCAAGUCUAAGGAAGCCUAACCGCAGACUAUUUGAACUAAGCAUUAAUUCACGGGAGGACUUAAAUGAAGAGCAGAUUACUUCUAAUACGGGACAGCCCGUUAAGCACCGCGUGGGUUCCCAGAUGAAUCAAACUAAUUUUUCUGAAGCAAUUACUACUGAGAAUGGAAAAUCUAAUUAUAUGCUCUCUCGUGAAGUAAUUGACUUAACCCAUGACGAAUCUGGUCGUCCCAGUUACAUCCAAAACAAUCAAGCGCACACGUCAACGGCAGCAUCGGAUGCACUCUUAGAUGAAUUAGACUUCAGUGCAUUCCAUAUGAGUUUUCAAGAAACCUCAAGUGAUGGAAUAGUAACACCUGGUGGUAAUACUCUACCUAAAUCACUUUUGACUACCAAUACAGCGGCUAAAUAUAUGUUGCCCCAAGAGCCCAUAUUUUAUAGGCUUCCAGAAAACAAGGUAGAUGAUCCUUACAUUUUCAACCUGAAACGUGAUCAAAUUAAAGUCAGCACCUCAACUUCGAUUCCAAAGGCUAUGGAUGAUGCUCUUUGGGUUUCACCUAGCAAAUUGGACAUAUUUGAUCUAAGUAAACAGCCUGAUAGUGUUUACCGAAGGACUAAACUUCCAGAGACUAACGGUUCAUUUUUGGGCCGUUUGGCUAGAGAUUCUUCUGCUAUCCUCGAUAAUCCUUUAUUGGACAGAGACAGCUCAUACAUGUAUUUGAGUAAGUAUGUGGGCACUGACGAUAUCGUUCUGUGUAUGGAUGAAAAUGAAGAUGAUACAGCUGCCGCAAUGCGUAAUCCAAAUGAAAAACCCCAGCGCCUAACUUUCAUUCCUUGA